GGUCCCCCAGAGGCCGAGAAUAUAGAGAGAAAAGUAGCUUGAUGAAAAAAGGAUGGCCCGUCGUGAUUUUCUCAUGACUCGAGGGGCUCUGGCCCCCUCCCCCGCGAGGAGUGCCGUGCGGACGCCUGCGUCCUCUGGGUGCACGGCGGCUUCUACGAGGGGGGCAGCUCCUCCGGCGACCCCCAGCGCUACCUGUGCUCGCGCCUCGCCGUGAGCAGCCGGCUCCCGGUGGUGUGCCCAGACCACCUGCUGUCCGGGGAGCAUCGCCCCUACAAAGCUGCGGCGAUUCUGCAGCAGCUGCGGAAGGACUUCGAGUGGCUCCGCGCGUUCGACCCCGUCACCCAACAGGCCCGGGCAGGCCCAGGCCGCGUCGUCAUCGCAGGAGACUGCAGCGGCGGCACCCAGGCGUUGUCGCUGAUGCUGCUGCUGGCCCGGGAGGACCCGGAGGCCCUGGCGGCCGUGCCCGGCCUCGUCCUGGUGUGCCCGCAGCUCGACCUCACGUGCGGCAGCCCCACGUACACCAGCAGCCAGUUCUCGAGGGAGCUGCUGACGGGUGACGUGCUGGCCCCGCUGGAGGUGCACGCGAACAGGGAGCUCCGCAAGGGCAGGUGCAGGAUCUACACCGGGUCGGAGGAGCUGCUGCGCGACUGCGUGCUGAGCCCGUACUGGCUGUGCAGAGGGCGCGACGAGGCGCUGCUGCGCGCGGUGGAGCGGGCGGGCGUGCCGGUGUGGAUCUGCACCGGGGCCGCGGAGACGUUGCAGGGCGAGAUCCUUGACUUCGCCCAGCGCCUCCGGGACAGGCUGCCGCUGGAGGUCGCUGGCCCGCCAGGCGAUGUUCCACUGCUGGGCGAUGCACCAGUCCCCGGGCUCGCUGCCGUUCCCCAGCAGGGACGCGGCGCACCUACACAUGGCGGAGUUCCUGGCGCGGCAGUUGUCGGCGGAGCGGCACACGGCGGCUGAACGCGGAGUCUCGCCCUCGCCCUGGGCCGGCAUCAACUACUACAGCGAGGAGUGGGAGAUGUCCUGCCCGCAGCCCGAAGGGCCGCAGGACGCGGCCGGCGCCCCGCUCGAAGCGGAGGCCCCUGCCGCGGACGGCCCCGCCUUCACGCCGCAGGAGGGCACGGAGUCGGCCGGCCCGGCGGUGGA